AUGGAACGCAUAGCCAUUUAUCCGCCCCGUGAUGGUUCCCCUCAAGGAUACCUUCUGUCCAAGAACCGUGCCUUUGACAACGACGACGGCACACCCCUCAGGCUGCCGCUCAACCCGGAGAUGAUCGAGCGCUAUCUCCCUCUGGUACGCGUGGUGGACACGACAUAUCCUCCUGACCGCAAGAUCAAGACCCACCUUUGCCCGGCUCUCACGACAGUCCGAGACUUUCCUUUUGGACAGAAUGCUAAGCUGGCAUCUGUGCUCCAGACGUCCGAGUACAUUACCUUUACGCGGAUGGGGCCUCCGGAGAUGGUGGGGCCAAACAUAACCUGCACUUGCCCCAUUCCUCCAUACCCCAAAACCAUUCAGCGGCUAGUCCUCAACCUCACCAUCGAUGUAUCCCACUACGGCCUUCCCAGGGGUUUGGAAUUCUAUCACCUUCCCAACGACCUCAAGCACAUGGUCCUUAUCUUUGUCUCGGACCCCGCCCCGCAAUUCGGCACCACCGUCCCACGGGCUGGGUUCAACAAUCAGGUGGGUGAAACGAUGUACCUGUGGCCGGUCAACGCUGCCUUCCAGACAAAUACGCGGUACACCUUUGUGAACUUCGACAUCAUACCUCGUGACUGGUUUGGAUUCCAGCCCAGCGACGAUCCUGUGGCCUCGACGGCGGAGAUUAUGCUUGACCGCGGCGCUGCGAGGCUGUUGCGGAACGAGACAAGGACAUGGACUACAUCGCCUCCGCGUCCGUCGACAUCCUUUGGCGCCAAGGAGAAGGCGUUGCAGCAUCUGAAGGAGUCUGUGUCGUUCCUUUCUCUUGACAAGUAUCGGGCACAGGUGGGCGACAAACAGUCCAGGCUGGAGACGGAGAUGUGA